GUCAGAUCGUGGGGCAGUUGUAUUUUACUAUUUUAUGAUGAUGAUAUGAUAUGGAUAUCUUCAUAAAACAUAUUUUUCACUCAAAAAUUGAUUAAAAAAAUAAUUUAAAUUAAUGCAUAAAAUUUGUCAUAUAGGGAGCCGUCUGUAACAAGAGUAGAAGACAAAGUGCAGGCGGGAUUGCUUCUCUGAAUCUGAUCGAGCUCUGCUCUGGUGGAGGCGGACGCCAUGUCAACGAGUAACCUGAAACUGUAUUCAUAUUGGAGGAGCUCUUGCUCAUGUCGGGUGCGAAUUGGCCUCAACUUGAAAGGACUCAGCUACGAUUAUGUUCCUGUCAACUUGGUCAAGGGAGAGCAGUUCAGUGAUGAGUUUACAAAGCUCAAUCCUAGUGGCUUUGUACCGGUGCUGGUUGAUGGUGACACCGUGGUUUCUGACUCAUUUGCCAUUCUAAUGUAUUUGGAAGAAAAAUAUCCUCAACACUCGUUGUUGCCGAGUGAUCCACAGAAAAGAGCUAUCAAUUACCAGGCUGCAAAUAUUGUUUCCUCGAGCAUACAGCCUUUUCAAAAUCUGAUUACCCUGAAGUACAUACGGGAAAAAAUAGGUCCAGCUGAGGAACAUAACUGGGUCAAGUAUAAUCUUGAGAGAGGUUUUACUGCACUGGAGAAGCUUCUAAAAGACUAUGCUGGAAGGUAUGCCACUGGAGAUGAAGCUUACUUGGCAGAUUUGUUUUUAGCACCCCAGAUUCAUGGAGCGCUCAAUAGGUUUAAGCUUGACUUGUCUCAGUUCCCACUACUACUAAGGUUAUAUGAGGCAUAUGGUGAGAACCAAGCAUUUCAAGAUGCUAUGCCAGAGAAGCAGCCAGACGCUCCUCCUUCAAGCACUACAUAAAUGAAUGGUCCGACUCUGAGUAGGUAUUUGGUUACAUUGCAGAAUCAAAGCCCGUCAUUUUGCAGUCUAUGCCUCGAUGCUUGGAAUAAAAAGCUUGUUCUUACCAUGAUGCUAAAAUCUUAUUGUUUUUAUUGUAUAAAUGGAGGUCUCUGUAUGAUGGAGCUACAAUAUAAAACUGCAUUGCAAUAAAGGGUUAGGUUGAUGUGCCAUCUUAUGAGCA